CAAUUGAGGUAGAAUUAUAUUAAAAUAUGGAUUUUGAAACUCUGAUCAUUUUUAUAUUCUUAAUAGUGUUUGGAAUUUGUAAUGGCGAAGAAUGUAGCAGCGACAGGUUAAAACGGUGUCGUUCCGUAGCGUAUGAAGAAUUACAACGUAGAAGCAGUGGGUUAUCUCAUCAAGAAUUACAAUAUCACUGCAAAUCAAUUCGACAAAACUUAGAUUGCAUUGUUUUCCAAGUAACCAUGUGCAACAGUUACGAAGACAGGGAUGGAAAUAGUGAUGUUAUCUGGAGAGCUUGGAAGUACCUUCAGAGCGUUUGCGAUACUUUCGGAGGAUGGUGGCAAUCUCGUUGUUUCCAGAGAGACGACGUUAAACAGUGUGAAAGGUUAUUUACUAUCGAAGGAAACAGCUUAAGUCGAGCUUCAUGCACGAAUUAUCUGAGAUUUCGGGAUUGUGUGAUUGAUGUAGUGAAGAGAAGAUGCGAUCCCGAAGAAAGCCAAGUCUUGAGUUCGUAUCUGUUAGAUAAAGCGCAGGAAAUGGUGUGGAGAUGUCCAGGAACCAGUCAAAUAUCUCUUUCUUUUGAUUCUGCUGCACGUAUUUCCGAAUCUUCUUCUUUAACAGGGUGUAAUGCCAGGGCAACUACGGAAGUUAAAGGAUGUUUAGAUCGUUAUCAGUACCAAAGGGAGGAGUCUCAAGGAUGGAGGGAUAGCGAAGAACGAUUGAGAAGAUCUUGCUGUGCUUCUUGGAAUUAUAAAAGAUGUGUUAGAGAAGUUGUUAAAAAUUACUGUUUCGAAGCCAGAGAAAGUGAAGUUUCAAGUAUAACGGAUAGAGUCAGUUCAGAUCAAGAGUAUCUUUGCAGGGAUCACUGGAUAUAUACCUGCAAUUCAGGUACUAUAAAGCAAAUCAAUUGGAUCAUACCAGUCAUUCUCUUGUUAAUAACUUCUAUCAACAGUAUUUAUAAUGAAAUUUGCUGUAUGAACGAACGGUGUAACAAUGACAGGCUUUAUCAAUGUCGAGACUCAUUGCAGAGGAUUAUUAAAGAGAAAGAUACUUAUCCUAGAAGUAACAAUCCUCAGUGCAGGGUAGUACAAACUCUAGGAAAGUUCAACUGUUUAGAUGCGAAGGAAAAAUUAUUAAACGACGACAUGUCUGUUUCUUUUAUCGUCCUUCUGCUUAUAACAGGUUUUCUAAAUGUCAAAGGACAGAGAUAUGAUUCAUGUUCAGAAUUAAGAUCAUGCGAACAAAAAAUUGAUAAUUUGAUUAGUUCAUCCAGUCGAUUACCUUCUUACCAAUGCAGAGAACUAGUUCAAAAUUUCAACUGCAUGAUAAAAUCGAUCAGUUGCGUAAGAGAAGAAGACAGACAAAAUUACGGUUCGAAGAUUCGAAGAGCCAGAGAUCAACAUAAAACCAGUUGCGACGGCGAUGAAUGGACGAAAAAAUCUAGUUGUUUCGAUAGCAGCGAAGUUCGUAGAUGCGAAGAUGGAUUUCCAAGACGAGCAAUUCUUCAUAAUCGAGAAAAUUGCAGACAAUACGAUCAGUACUACGAGUGUAUGAGAAACGCCAUUAGCAGAUCGUGCAGAGGAGACGAUAACGAAUACAUACUCAUGUACUUAUUAGAUAUGGCUCAUGACCUGCCGUGGCAAUGUCCUCAGUACUCAUCUUCCUAUUCGCCAGACACUUCGUCUCCGUCCUGGCCUUCCAAUGGACGAGGUUCAUAUAAUAAUAAUACUGGUAUUUAUAAUGAAAUUUGCUGUAUGAACGAACGGUGUAACAAUGACAGGCUUUAUCAAUGUCGAGACUCAUUGCAGAGGAUUAUUAAAGAGAAAGAUACUUAUCCUAGAAGUAACAAUCCUCAGUGCAGAGACAACCUGAACGACUUCAACUGCUACUUUUGGCAAAAUUAUCACUGUGUGACAAACAGAUAUGAGAAGAAUACACAAGUAUUGAGCGAUGCUAAAAGAGCCAUUGAAAGUAAAUGCGAUGUCAAUGGAGACUUGCAAAGAUCGCAAUGUUACACGAGUAUAGAAAUUAGAGACUGCGACAAGCAAUUAAGCGAGGGAAGAUAUGGUAGAGGAGAUAUAGAUUGCGGAAAAUAUAAGCAAUUUUACGAUUGUAUCGAACAAAACUUACGCAGAACUAACAGAAAUUGCAACAGGAAUGAUGAAUUACUCUUUCCUUUAUAUUUAAUAAGUAGAGUUAACGAUAAAGCUUGGAUUUGUUCAUACACUGAUAGUCAUCAAACUCAAUAUCCUUAUGGUACUGGUAGUGAGUCGAGUCCAUAUUAUCCAGAUGAUGAUUCUACUUGCGAAGCGGUGUCUAGACAGAAGUUUCGACAUUGCGAAAAUAGAGUAGAGGAAGACGAAGAAGCGGUUAGAAAGAUAACAAACAGUCACGAGAGACAUACUAGAUCGUGCUGUUCGGCUCUGAGAUAUAGAGAAUGCGUUCGAGAAGUCGUAAAGAAACAAUGUCGACGCGAAAAUUCCGCUGUAGUCGACCAAUUACUGGGAAGCUCUAUUCGUUAUAGAAUUCAGAGCUGCGACGAUGUAAGUUAUUCUACAUGUUCGGGUGCUCGAACGUUGAGCAAUAUCAUAUUCAUGGCCAUUGCACUCAUCUUCAGCAGAAUUUAUUUUCAGUGAUGACUAAGUAAGAGUUUUCUGUGAUUAAAAGUGCCUUAAUGUAUAUGUUGGACAUUCGCAUUCCUCAUUGCAAUAUCCAUUCAGUUCUGAUACAGAGAACUCCAUUUUUUUAAUUUCUUUUUUUUUAAAAUCAUUUCUUUGUACAUUAAAUUUUCACAUUCAUUAUGAAUUUGAAAAAAAAAACAUUGACAAAUCUAAUAGUUUUAUAUAUAUAUAUA